AUGUUCGUCAGAAAGAGAGAUGGACGCCAAGAGCGUGUUCAGUUCGACAAAAUCACUGCUCGUGUCUCGAGACUGUGUUACGGUCUCGACAUGAACCACGUUGACCCCGUUGCUAUCACCCAGAAGGUCAUUUCUGGUGUCUACGGCGGCGUCACAACUAUACAAUUGGACGAUCUUGCUGCAGAGACUGCUGCGUACAUGACUGUUACGCACCCUGACUACGCCAUCCUCGCAGCCCGCAUUGCCGUUUCCAACCUACACAAGCAGACCAAGAAGCAAUGGUCCGCUGUUGUGAGCGACCUUUACCACUGGGUCAACCCCAAAAAUGACCGUGCAUCGCCCAUGAUCUCCAAGGAGACCUAUGAGUGUGUGAUGCGACAUAAAGAGGAACUCGACUCAGCGAUUGUCUAUGAUCGCGACUUCAACUACAACUAUUUUGGCUUCCGAACCCUGUCCAGAUCAUACUUGCUACAGAUUGACGGUAAAAUUGCUGAGCGCCCGCAGCAUAUGAUCAUGCGAGUCGCUGUUGGGAUCUGGGGUGACGAUAUUGAGCGUGUCUUGGAGACAUACAACCUCAUGUCAAGCAAGUUCUUCACUCAUGCGAGCCCCACUUUGUUCAACGCCGGUACCCCACAGCCUCAGCUCUCAUCAUGCUUCCUUGUUGAUAUGAAGGAGGACAGCAUUGAUGGUAUCUACGAUACCCUCAAGACUUGUGCCAUGAUUUCCAAGAUGGCUGGUGGUAUUGGCUUAAACGCCCACCGAAUCCGUGCCACUGGCUCUUACAUCGCCGGUACCAAUGGUACUUCCAACGGUAUUGUUCCCAUGCUGCGUGUGUUCAACAACACUGCUCGUUACGUCGACCAGGGUGGUAACAAGCGACCUGGUGCCUUCGCCAUCUACCUUGAGCCAUGGCACGCCGACGUCUUCGAGUUCCUUGAUCUCCGAAAGAACCACGGAAAGGAGGAGGUCCGCGCUCGUGACCUGUUCCUGGCUCUUUGGAUCCCUGAUCUUUUCAUGAAGCGUGUCGAGAGGAACGGCGAAUGGACUCUCAUGUGCCCCAACGAAUGCCCUGGUCUUGCUGACUGCUACGGUGACGAAUUUGAGGCUCUGUACGAAAAGUACGAGAGAGAGGGUAAGGGUCGCAAGUCUAUCAAGGCUCAGAAGCUUUGGUACGCCAUUCUUGAGGCCCAGACAGAGACUGGAAACCCUUUCAUGCUCUACAAGGAUCACUGCAAUCGCAAGAGCAACCAAAAGAACCUUGGUACCAUCCGAAGCUCCAACCUGUGCACUGAGAUCAUUGAAUACUGCGCCCCUGAUGAGGUCGCUGUUUGCAACCUUGCCUCCUUGUCUCUGCCCUCUUUCAUCAACUAUGAAGAUGCUUGCUACGACUUCAAGAAGCUGCACGAGGUCACUCAAGUUGUUGUCCGCAAUUUGAACAAGAUCAUCGACGUCAACCACUACCCUGUCCAAGAGGCUCGUAACAGCAACAUGCGUCACCGACCCAUUGGUCUUGGUGUUCAAGGUCUCGCUGAUGCCUUCCUUGCCCUCCGCAUGCCCUUUGAGUCUCCCGAGGCUCGUGAGCUGAACAAGCAAAUCUUCGAGACCAUCUACCAUGCUGCCCUUACCACGUCUGUGCAACUCGCCAAGGAGGAAGGUCCCUACUCCACCUUCAAGGGUUCCCCUGCCUCUGAGGGUAUUCUCCAGUUUGACAUGUGGAAUGUCAAGCCCUCUGAUCUUUGGGAUUGGGAACCCCUCCGAGAGGAUGUCAAGACUCACGGUAUCCGCAACAGUCUGCUCGUUGCUCCUAUGCCUACCGCCAGUACCUCGCAGAUUCUUGGCAACAACGAGUGCUUUGAGCCUUACACCUCCAACAUCUACCAACGCCGAGUCCUUGCUGGCGAGUUCCAGGUUGUCAACCCCUGGCUUCUCAAGGAUCUUGUCGACAUGGGUCUUUGGUCCGAUGCUAUGAAGAACCGCAUCAUUGCUGAUAACGGUUCUAUCCAGAACAUCCCCAACAUCCCUGCCGAGAUCAAGGCUCUGUACAAGACUGUGUGGGAGAUUUCUCAGCGACAGGUUGUGCAGAUGGCUGCUGACCGUGGUGCCUUCAUUGAUCAGUCUCAGUCUCUCAACAUUCACAUGAAGGACCCUACCAUGGGCAAGAUCACCAGCAUGCACUUCGCUGGCUGGAAGCUCGGUCUCAAGACUGGCAUGUACUACCUCCGUACACAGGCUGCUGCUGCCCCUAUCCAGUUCACCGUUGAUCAGGAGAACCUCAAGAUUGCCGAUAGCAACUCUGCUUCAAUCAAGCCCCUAGGCAAGCGCGCUCCUCCUGCUGGCUCAAGCUAUCUGAUGUCCUCCUCUACUGCUAUGGGUCAAACCAAUGGCAACAGGACUGGCUCCCAGGGCAAUGGAACCAACGGCAGCUCCGCCAACGGUGUGACUGCCAGCACAUCUGUUCCUGGCCGUGCUCCCGUCAUCAAGGCUGAUGUCGCUGAGGGUGACAGCCCCAAGGCCCUUCCCACAGAACCUGCUGAAAAGGUUCAAGAGGAAGAGCUGGGGAUGAAGAAGAACCCUCAGUCUGAGGAUCAAGGUGCGGACAACGAAGAUCGCGAACGCGAUAUCUACUCGGAGGCUGUCCUGCAAUGCAGCAUCGAGGAUCCCGAGUCCUGCAUCAUGUGCAGUGGUUAG